AGUGUGCGAAAACACUGUGAAUUUAGGAAAGGGUGCAACGUACAUAUAACAGUUAAUUUCAAACAUAAUUUGACUGGUAUAUACUGGUUUAAAAAAUUCGUGUGUGAUUAUGGUAGUUUACUUUAUGAUUUCAAUGACUACUUACAGUUUGGAGCCUGCCAAUUUCAACUGAGGUUAUCGUGUUUUGUACGGUACCCCUUAUAUUCCAAAGAAAUGCACCCUACCUUUGCCGUGUGAAGCUCGAAGCAACGCCUGUGGUAUGAACACGCCUGUUGGAAACGGGACAGACCAAGGACUUGAAAUAAGAUGUAUAAGGAAUAACCUCACGACUGUCCAUUUUCUACCGCCCUUUUCUCCAAAAUGUGGACUCUGGUAAAUGUGUCACAACGUGGAUUAUACUUUGUGGAAUUUCAGUAAACACGGACGCUUUUCAGGACUAAUUAAUACAUUUCAGGAUUGACUCGGUAGAACCAGAAUGAACAUGUCAGAAGGGGAAAGUUAAGAGCGAUUCAGAUAGAAGGGUGAUAGCGGAGGGGUAUGGGGGAUGGGGGCGUGGCCACUGGAGGAGGGAACCAAUCCCACGUCCUGUUUGACCGCUUCACCCAGGCGACCACCUGUAAGGGCACGUUGAAGGCCUUUCAGGAGCUCUGUGACUUCCUGGACCUCCGGCCUACUGACUCCCGCAUCUUCUACCACAAGCUCAAGUCUCGGCUCAACUACUGGAAGGCCAAGGCCCUGUGGGCCAAGCUAGACAAGAGGGCAUGCCACAAGGAAUACAAGAAAGGCCGCGCAUGUGCCAACUCCAAGUGUCUGAUCAUCGGGGCGGGGCCAUGCGGGCUGCGUACGGCCAUCGAGCUGGCCUUCCUGGGGGCCAAGGUGGUGCUGCUGGAGAAACGCGAUGCCUUUUCCCGGAACAACGUGCUCCACCUCUGGCCCUUCACCAUCCAGGACCUGCGCGGCCUCGGCGCCAAGAAGUUCUACGGGAAGUUCUGCGCUGGAGCCAUCGACCACAUCAGUAUUCGGCAGCUGCAGCUUAUCCUGCUGAAGAUGGCUUUGCUCUUGGGCAUCGAGGUCCACGUUAAUGUGGAGUUCAAGAAGCUGGUGGAGCCGCCUGAGGACCAGGAGAAUGAGAGGAUUGGGUGGCGGGCGGAAGUUCUUCCCCAGACGCAUCCGGUCAAUGAGUUCGAGUUUGACGUCAUCAUUGGAGCAGAUGGCCGGAGGAACACUCUGCCAGGAUUCCGCAGGAAGGAGUUCCGGGGCAAACUGGCCAUCGCCAUAACAGCCAACUUCAUCAACCGGCACACCUCGGCCGAGGCCAAGGUGGAGGAGAUCAGCGGCGUGGCCUUCAUCUUCAACCAGAAGUUCUUCCAGGACCUGCGGGAAGCCACAGGUGUCGACCUGGAGAACAUUGUGUACUACAAGGAUGACACGCACUACUUUGUGAUGACGGCGAAGAAACAGAGCCUUCUAGAGAAGGGGGUCAUCCUGCAUGACUACGGGGACACAGAGCGGCUGCUCUCGCGCGGGAACGUGGACCAGGCGGCCCUGCUCUCUUACGCCUGCGAGGCGGCCGACUUCUCCACCAACCACCAGCUGCCCUCGCUGGACUUCGCCAUCAACCACUACGGCCAGCCGGACGUGGCCAUGUUCGACUUCACCUGCAUGUACGCCUCGGAGAACGCCGCCCUGGUGCGCCAGCGCAACGGACACCAGCUGCUGCUCACCCUGGUGGGGGACAGCCUGCUGGAGCCGUUUUGGCCCAUGGGCACUGGGAUUGCACGUGGGUUUCUGGCAGCGAUGGACUCAGCCUGGAUGGUGCGGAGCUGGGCACAGGGGAGGGGUGCGCUGGACGUCCUCUCUGAGAGAGAGAGCAUUUACCGUCUGCUGCCCCAGACCACCCCGGAGAACAUCAGCAAGAACUUCGGCCAGUACAGCCUGGACCCCACUACCCGCUACCCCAACAUCAACCUCAGCAUCCUCCGCCACAAUCAGGUGCGUCACCUCAUAGACACAGGGGAGUCUGGGGAUUUGCACGUUGACGUAGAAAAUGCGGUCAACUCGUCAACAUCCAAACUGACGCGACAUGAAUCCAUUGUACGCUCCAGCAAGCUGCUGAGCUGGUGCCAGAAGCAGACGGAGGGCUACCGGCAUGUCGCUGUAACCGAUCUCACCAUGUCCUGGAAGAGCGGUCUCGCACUAUGUGCCAUCAUCCACCGCUUCCGCCCUGACCUCAUAGACUUUGAUUCCCUCAACGAGAAAGAUGUGGAGAAGAACAACCAGUUGGCUUUCGACGUGUCCGAGCGAGAGUUCGGCAUUUCGCCCAUCCUGACAGGGAAGGAGAUGUCCUCUGUUGCUGCGCCUGACAAGCUGUCCAUGGUCAUGUACCUCACACAGUUCUACGACAUGUUCAAGGAUAUGGUGCCCACUAGUGAUAAUCAAAACCUGAAUCCUGAGGAAAAGGCGGCCUUCAUCGCCAGCACCAAGUCACCCAUCUCCUUCCUGAGCAGGCUUGGGCAAACCCUCUCCCGCAAGCGCAACCCUAAGGACCAGAAAGAGAAGGAUGUUGAUGGUGUGAGGAAGAGGAGGAAGACAAACCAGUCAGGCCAGUCUCAGGAAGAGGAAGUUCCACGCCGCGGCCGCGAGGACCAGCCGCCGCCGGUCUCCGCCCUAACCGAGCGGAGGGUGGAAGUGUCGGCCGAUGCCAAUCACAAGGUCAAAUCUAUGGCCAAUCAGCUGCUGGCCAAGUUUGAGGAAAACGCCCCUGUCCCGCCCUCUGGACUCAAACGACAGAACUCGGUGCGUAAGGAGUUCCCCCAGUGCGUCGGCGGGAGCGACGUGUGCUUCUUCUGCCAGCGGCGCGUGUACGUGAUGGAGCGCCUGAGCGCCGAGGGCAAGUUCUUCCACCGCAGCUGCUUCAAGUGCGACCACUGCGGCACCACCCUCCGGCUCUCCUCCUACGCCUUCGACGUGCAGGACGGGAAGUUUUACUGCAAGCCUCACUACUGCUACCGACAGUCUGGCCACACCCAGCGGAAGAGACCCGCCCCCACUGUGGCUCCUCCCACCGCUAAGGAGAACCAGGCCCCCAUUCCCAGCCCUGUGGAUGUUCCAGUACAGGCAGUGGUGGGUGUGCCUCCAGCAGAGCGUUGGCCCUCAGGUACCCCCACAGUGGUGGAGGAGAACGGGCUGCAGGAGCCCAGCCUGGCCAAGCGGCUGCGGGGCACGCCGGAGCGCAUCGAGCUGGACAACUACCGCGUCUCCCUGGAGCAGCAGGAGGUGCUGGAGGAGGUGCCCGAGGAGACGCUGGCCGAGCACAACCUGAGCAGCGCGCCGGACAAGCCAGCCAGCGUGGAGGGGGGGUCCAGCAGCUCAGAGUCUGAAGAGGAGGGGGAGGGGUGCGCUCCUUCUGACCUUGGGGGCGUGGGCUGGAAGGAGGCAGUGGCACUGCACACCAAACUAAGGGGCGAGGUUGUAACUGGCGAGGGUGAGGCCAACUGCCUGGAGGAGGAUGAUGAUGAGGAAGAUGAUGAGGAACAGGAGGAAUCCAGUGAUGAGGGGGAGUACUGCCCCUGGGAGAGAGAGCGUCAGUCAGGCCUAUGCCUCCAGGAGCUGUCAGAUGAAGAAGGAGCAGACUCAGGUACAGGUGCCCUGUUCUCUCAGCAUGUGAAGUCCCGCACGGCCUGCUGGGAAAUCGGCUCACACCAAGACACUGUACAUUCAGGAAACCCUCCGGGCGACAGGUCCCCUUCCCGUUCAGGUGGCCCUGUGGCCCUCCCUGUCCUCAGAGCUCUGUGAGGAAGAGGAAGAUGAUGAGGAAGUAGGCAACCAAUGUGG